GCGACGGACGAUCGAGGCGGGGCCGGAGGCGGUGGCUGCGGCUGCGGGACCGGUGGCUGCCUGCCUGGCCCAGCGCCAUGCACACGCUUGUGUUCUUGAGCACGCGGCAGGUGCUGCAGUGCCAGCCAGCUGCCUGCCAGGCCCUGCCCCUACUGCCACGCGAACUCUUCCCCCUGCUGUUCAAGGUGGCCUUCAUGGACAAGAAGACGGUAGUACUGCGCGAGCUGGUGCACACGUGGCCCUUCCCGCUGCUCAGUUUCCAGCAGCUGCUACAGGAGUGUGCCCACUGCAGCCGUGCCCUCCUGCAGGAGCGGCCUAGCACUGAGAGCAUGCAGGCCGUGAUCCUGGGGCUGACUGCCCGGCUCCACACCCCAGAGCCUGGGGCCAGCACACAGCCCCUCUGCAGGAAGCAUGCGCUGCGGGUGCUGGACAUGACAGGCCUCUUGGAUGAUGGUGUGGAACAGGACCCUGGCACCAUGAGCAUGUGGGACUGUACUGCUGCCGUCGCCCGCACAUGCAUCGCCCAGCAGCAGGGUGGGGCCACGGAGCCGGGCCCGGCCCCUGUCCCAGUGGAGGUGCGUGUGGACCUUCGGGUAAACCGGGCAUCCUAUGCGUUCCUGCGCGAGGCGCUCCGAAGCAGCGUGGGCAGCCCGCUGCGGCUCUGCUGCCGGGACCUGCGAGCCGAGGACCUGCCGAUGCGCAACACCGUGGCGCUGCUGCAGCUUCUGGAUGCGGGCUGCCUGCGUCGCGUGGACCUGCGCUUCAACAACCUGGGCCUGCGUGGCCUGUCUGUGAUCAUCCCACACGUGGCCCGCUUCCAGCACCUCGCCAGCCUGAGGCUCCACUACGUGCAUGGGGACUCAAGGCAGCCCUCCGUGGAUGGCGAGGACAACUUCCGCUACUUCCUAGCCCAGAUGGGCCGCUUUACCUGUCUGCGAGAGCUCAGCAUGGGCUCCUCACUCCUUUCUGGGAGGCUGGACCAGCUGCUCAGCACCCUGCAGAGUCCCCUGGAGAGCUUGGAGUUGGCCUUCUGUGCUCUGCUGCCUGAGGACCUGCGCUUCUUGGCACGGAGCCCCCAUGCUGCUCACCUCAAGAAGUUGGACCUGAGUGGCAACGACCUGUCUGGCAGCCAGCUGGCACCCUUCCAGGGUCUGCUGCAGGCAUCAGCGGCCACACUGCUACACCUGGAGCUGACUGAGUGCCAGCUCGCAGAUACCCAGCUGUUGGCCACACUACCCAUUCUUACUCGAUGCGCCAGUCUCCGCUACCUUGGCCUCUAUGGCAACCCACUGUCCAUGGCCGGCCUCAAGGAGCUGCUGCGGGACUCAGCAGUGCAGGCUGAGCUGCGUACUGUGGUGCACCCCUUCCCUGUGGACUGCUAUGAGGGCUUGCCCUGGCCGCCACCUGCCUCUGUCCUGCUGGAGGCCUCCAUUAAUGAGGAGAAGUUUGCCCGUGUAGAGGCAGAGUUGCACCAACUGCUUCUAGCCUCGGGCCGUGCCCAUGUGCUCUGGACUACGGACAUCUACGGGCGACUGGCUGCGGACUACUUCAGCCUAUGAUGAAGUAGCUCUGGGUGAGACACAGGCCGUUCUGCAGUCUCCUUGAGUAGGCAGGUCCCUUCUGGGACCCCGCCCUGGAGGCCUGUCACAAAAGCACUUGUUUCUGGUUUCCUGCUGGGUCCACCUUGCUUCUGGGCACACGUUGAGUCCCCCCUGCUUUCUGCGGUGCCCCAUGCGAUUUGCCCUGCACUUGCUCCAUAAUUGGCUGAUUGUCUGUGGGCCCGAGGGUUGGGUGUCAGGGCUGCAUCACCCUGCUCAGUUUGGCUGCCCUCUGGAGUCCUGAUCCUUUGUGCAAAUGCUUUGGGAUCCCUGUUGUGGGUUGAGAGAGAUGAUGGUCUCUCGGGGCCUUUCCCAUCCCCUUAUGGAGAGCUCAGUGUUCUGGGGUUGAAGUUGGAAAGGGGCCUGCUUCAGGGAGGCUGGGGUCCCCAGGCACUCAGGCCUCUUAUGUGUUCCCUGCCCUGCCACCCAGCCACCCCAUUGGGAUGGCCUUGGGCUGGAGGGAAUCAUCAAGGUGCAAGUGUGCCUGGAACUUUUAA